UAUAUCCUAAAAAAUAAUAAAAUCAAACUUACCAGUUUGUCACGUACCACACAACCCAGUCCUUCGCCAACCAACGUUCCUCACGUGCUUCGCCGGUUGGUACUCACGUGACCGGCAGCUUUCUAAUAGCAAUUCUCAAUACAUAUAUAAUCUCUUCAUACCAAAGCUACAUAUAUAGUCUCUUCAUACCAAAGCUACAUAGCAAAGUCUAUCCCAAAGCACAGUCCAUCUUUAUAAUACACAAAAAUGGUUAGUCACAAAGAGACCGUGUGUGUAACAGGCGCAUCGGGAUUCAUCGGUUCAUGGCUUGUUAUGCGAUUAUUGGAGCGUGGUUACUUUGUCCGUGCCACUGUUCGCGACCCCGUGAAUGGAGUGUUGGGGAUAAUGAAAGCUUGUGAUAAGGCAAAAACAGUACGAAGAAUCAUCUUUACUUCUUCUGCCGGAACUGUUAAUGUCGAGGAACAUCAGAAAAAUGUCUACGUUGAAAAUGAUUGGAGUGAUCUUGACUUUAUCAUGUCCAAAAAGAUGACCGGAUGGAUGUAUUUCUUGUCGAAAACUUUAGCCGAGAAAGCAGCGUGGGAUUAUGCGAAGGAAAAUGGAUUAGACUUCAUUAGUAUAAUUCCUACAUUGGUGAUCGGUCCAUUCAUAACAACAUCUAUGCCGCCUAGCCUCAUCACCGCGCUCUCUCCUAUCACUCGGAACGAGGCACAUUACUCGAUCAUAAGACAAGGGCAGUACGUGCAUUUGGACGACUUAUGCAAUGCUCAUAUAUUCUUGUACGAACAAGCUGAUGCCAAGGGACGUUAUGUUUGUUCCUCUCACGAUGCCACGAUUCUUAGUAUCUCUGAAUUUAUUAGGAAAAAGUACCCCGAGUAUAACGUGCCUUCAACGUUUGAAGGUGUGGAUGAAAAUCUAGAGAGCAUUGUGUUCAGUUCGAAGAAGCUGAUUGAUAUGGGAUUUAGCUUUAAGUAUAGUCUCGAGGAGAUGUUGGUCGAAUCGAUUGAGACAUGUCGUCAAAAGGGUUUUCUCCCGGUUUCUUUACCAGAUCCAUCAAUAUUUGAGGACAAAGUUCCGACUAGUGAUGACAAGAUUGAGCACAAAACCGGAGCUGGUUUACCCGAUGAUGUGGUGCCCUGUAAGAAGACAGAACCGGUGGUAAUCCGCGAGAAAACCGAUGCUUGCAUGCCGGCAGAGCAGAUGUGUGCUUAGAGAUUUAACCGGUAUCUAUUAUAUAUCAAUUGUCGUAUCGUUUUAGUAUUGGAUGUGUGUUUUGAAUUUGUUACUUUCUGAAUCGUAGAUUAUUAUUGAAGGGUGGUAUGGACUGAUUCUGAUAGUAACAUGAUUGAGUGUAACAUUAUGAACUUUUACAUAUUUAAGAAGCAGAGUGAUAUUUAAACAAUGUUGCCUUGAGUCAAAUUAGUCGUGUAAUGUCGCUUGAAUGCUUCCAUAAUCUAUAAUUAGACAAUUUCAACAUCUC